AUGAUCAGGGCGCUGACGUCGAGGAGGUGGUCAUUGAGGCGGGAGAGCGAGAGCGCGAGUCGCACUUGCCCGGCAGAAGGUACGGUGGAGCAAGAACCGCCGCCGGCCGCCGCCGUCGACCUGCCGCGGACCAACGACGGGGAAAUCGACUACGAUGCGCUGUACGAAGACGAAUCGGACAGCGACCUCGGCUCGAUGGAGAACCACGGCUCCGUUGUCACGCAUCUCCUGUCUCAGGUCAAGAUUGGAAUGGACCUAACAAAGGUAGUUCUUCCCACCUUCAUACUCGAGAGGCGAUCGCUACUGGAGAUGUACGCGGACUCCUUUGCCCAUCCCGACCAGUUUGUGAAAAUAGUCGACAUGCCCACGCCCAAGGAGCGAAUGGUGCAAGUGGUGCGGUGGUACCUCAGCUCGUACCACGCCGGGCGGAAGUCGCAGGUCGCCAAGAAACCCUACAACCCAAUAUUGGGCGAGGUCUUCCGCUGCCAUUGGGACAUGGACGGUGCCGCUGAUGGGCACAGCACGUCAACGGAGAAGCAAGAGGUAGGAGACGGCCCCGUGCCGUGGUGCUCGCCGGAGCAGCUGUCCUUUGUGGCCGAGCAGGUGUCCCACCACCCGCCCAUCAGCGCUUUCUACGCGGAGCACGUCAACAAACGGAUCCAGUUCGACGCGUGGGUGUGGACGAAGAGCAAGUUCCUCGGACUGUCCAUCGGCGUCCACAACAUCGGCCGCGGCGUGGUCACCCUGCUCGACCACGGCGAGGAGUACACGGUCACCUUCCCCAACGGCUACGGACGGUCGAUACUGACCGUGCCCUGGAUCGAGCUGGGCGGCUCGGUGGCGAUAGAGUGCCCACAGACGGGGCACAGGGCGAACAUAGAGUUCCUCACGAAGCCGUUCUACGGCGGCAAGAAGCACCGCGUCACGUGCGAGGUGUUCGCGCCGCCGGACAAGAGGCCCUACUACACCGCCCAGGGCGAGUGGAACUCCAGGAUGGACGGCCGCUGGACCGAGUCGGGGCGCACCGAGGUGGUGUUCGAGGUGGCGCAGAUGCGAGCGCGCCGCAAGCGAGUCUCGCCCAUCUCGCGCCAGAUGGCGCACGAGUCGCGGCGCGUGUGGCGCCACGUGACGGCCGCCCUGCGCGCCGCCGACACGGACGCCGCGACGGCCGCCAAGCGGCGCCUCGAGCAGGCGCAGCGCGACCGCGCCAAGCAGCGCGCCGACACCGGCGACAAGUGGAUCACGCAGCUGUUCAGCCCCAAGGGUGACGAGGGCUGGGAGUACAACGCGCCGCUGAGGAAGCGUCUGGAGCCCUCGGCGGGGGGCACCCCGCAGCGGAAGCCGGCCAACUGCGCGGAGGGCGCCAGA